AUGACACACAUUGCCAAUUGCAUGCGGCAGGUUGCCGACAAGACGAGCAUUUAUAUAACUCAGGAAACACCCAUCCAGCUUCCGCAACCACAGUCCUUGGAGAAGAGUCCCUCAUCAAUAACCCUACAAUCGCAAGGUACCUCACCAAAGUACCAGCUCUGGCCCGUCCCAUCAUCGUCGACGACCACAACAUCGAGGAGCCCGGUCGGAUUUCACAGGUCCACACAGUCGAUAUCUGACAAGCUGUCUGCACUAUCAAUGGGACGCUCUCCAACUUCAUUGAGCGAUACAGCAGCAGCCCCAGAAACCGUUCCCUUCUGGCAGCGUAGCAGCUCGCUGGCCAGGCGUCGCAAGAUCAGUGUACCCGAACUUGGUGCUGGAACUAUGACCACAGUGCAAGAAACCUCAAUCGAUUCUCCCACAAUACCCGGACGACCCCCUCUACGAAAAGCUUCUACUGAAGUGUUUGGCCACGAGCGAUCCAGCAGUGCUCCCGGUACCAGCUGGCGAGCAGGACCAUUCGGCGAUGCCCUUGUGGCAUGUGUAACUGGGCCAUCCCAGCAAGCAUCCGAACAAAGCUUCCUGCAAGCCGAAACCCCAGUCACAGAGACAGCUCCUCUGAAGAAGAUGGAGGCAGUAUUGCCCGUCGCAAAGCCUCUAUCGCCCAUCCUCAGCCCCAGCGCCAAACCCUCAUUGAAGGUCGACACAGCCAGUCUCCUGGAAGGCAUCGAGAUGCCACCACAAGUGCCCCCUAAGUCGCCAGCCGUUGAACGCAAAGGAUCGCCAGCACCACUCGUCCUACACUCCAAGACCAGCAGAACGCAAUUGAUGACGCCUGCGUCGGUCACCUCCGGUGGUAACACACCUCAGAGCGCACUAGACAUGCGCCGAUCGCCCAACGCCAACGGCCCAUUUCCCACGCCUGUUUCCGCCAUGUCAAACCCGUUCAGCGCGGGAUCACCGUCAAGCGCAUUCGAUCGCCGCGCCUCCCCACGUACUGAAAAGAAGGAUCCUCUAUCAUCACACAGCCGAAACAUCUCAGACACAUCUAUCAUCGACCGAGGCAGACCUGUCCGACGAGACAUCAAGAGGCAGCGAAGCCGGACCUGCUCCGAAGCCAAGAAUCCCGAAACACAGCAAGACAACUGGAAGCUACCGACAGGCCUGCGGGUGCAUGACGCAAAUGUUAAGAUGAACGAAGAUGACAAAGAAAUCCUCCAUAAACAAGCACACACCCAGGCGGAGAAAUUCGAGAUCCUUAAUAGGCGAGAUGUUGCGUCCAUGUCCAGGGAACUUCGAGCACUCGACGAGCGCUGCGAUUAUCUACGAAAGACUUACAAGUCUCUUCGUGCUGGUCGCCAGAAACUUCAUGGCCGCAUGAUAUCUUACCUCAAACGAGGAGAGACAGUCAUUUUCUCGCGCGAGUCACUUCUGAAGCAAGAAGAGGCUCUCGCCGAGCUAGACAUCUCCAUUGACGAGUUCAUCCUCAAGCUGGAGCAAGCUGAGAAUCGACGGCUCCGUCUCCGUCAAAAGCUACUAGAGCACGUAGCCGCGGCUCUGGUGCUAAACCCAUCCAACCAUGCCGACAUGGCCGAAACCACCCCACCGCGAAGUCCGGUUAAGGCGGAGAGCCCUGCGCGCAUUGACCGAAAGGACGUCGAAUCAAUCAAGAUUUACGCGGAUGGUCACGUCCUGAAUCUCUUCUCCGACAUUGAGCAAGCCAUUGGCAAGAUGUGCGAGCAGACUUGCUAA